CACCAAAAUCCAGAAACUCUGGGCGAAAAUUACUCCAUUAUUCUAUUUUUCAUCUUCUUAACAAGUUCCCUCUGCCCCUAUGUUAACGACUUUCUUAGAGCUAAUCACUGUUAGAUUUUCUGAAUACUCAAUGCCAAAAUGCCCUCUGCACAACACAAACGUCUCCAUCUUCAAGAUUCUAAACAAUAAGAACAACAACUUAUAUUACUAUUCAAUGCGCUUUCAUUCUUCAAGAACCCUAAACCAAAAUAAUGAUCUUGAAAACGGCAGUGAACCAGAGUCGUCUCCAAUAUCUGAUAAAAUUUUUAGUUCACCCCCCAAAAUGGGUUCUUUUAAGGUUGGUGAUUCAACUUUUUAUUCACUCAUUGAAAACUAUGCAUAUUCUGGUGAUUUUAACUCAUUAGAGAAGGUUUUGAAUCGAAUGAGACUCGAAAAUAGAGUCUUCUCAGAAAAGAGUUUUUUUGUUAUGUUUAAAGCUUAUGGAAAAGCUCAUUUGCCUAAUAAAGCUAUUGAAUUGUUUUAUCGAAUGAGUUUUGAGUUUUAUUGUAAACCAACUGUUAAGUCUUUUAAUUCAGUACUUAAUGUUAUUAUACAAGCGGGUUUUCAUGAUCGUGCUUUGGAGUUUUAUAAUCACGUUGUUGGUGCAAAAGAUAUGAAUAUAUUGCCUAAUGUACUUAGUUUUAAUUUGAUUAUUAAAUCUAUGUGUAAGUUGGGCUUAGUUGAUAAUGCAAUUGAGCUGUUUAGAGAAAUGCCUGUUAGGAAAUGUGUACCUGAUGCUUACACUUAUUGUACUUUGAUGGAUGGGCUUUGCAAAGUUGAUAGGAUUGAUGAGGCAGUUUCUUUACUAGAUGAAAUGCAAAUUGAGGGGUGUUUUCCUAGUCCUGCUACUUUUAAUGUGUUGAUUAAUGGGUUGUGCAAGAAGGGUGAUUUUACGCGCGUUACAAAGCUUGUUGACAAUAUGUUUCUUAAAGGUUGUGUCCCUAAUGAAGUGACGUAUAACACUCUUAUACAUGGUUUGUGUUUGAAGGGGAAGUUGGAUAAGGCACUCAGUCUUUUAGAUAGAAUGGUAUCAAGUAAAUGUGUACCUAAUGAAGUCACAUAUGGGACAAUCAUUAAUGGACUUGUUAAGCAAGGAAGAGCUCUUGAUGGUGCUCGUGUGCUGGUUUUGAUGGAAGAAAGAGGGUAUCUUGUGAAUGAGUAUGUUUAUUCUGUACUAGUUAGUGGGCUGUUUAAGGAAGGAAAGUCUGAAGAGGCAAUGAGAUUGUUUAAAGAAUCAAUGGAUAAAGGAUGCAAACUCAACACUGUUCUAUACAGUGCACUUGUAGAUGGUUUAUGUCGAGAUAGAAAGCCAGAUGAAGCAAUGAAAAUUCUAUCAGAGAUGACUGAUAAGGGUUGCGCACCAAAUGCAUUCACUUUUAGCUCAUUGAUGAAGGGAUUCUUUGAGGUGGGUAACAGCCAUAAAGCAAUUGAAGUGUGGAAGGACAUGACAAAAAUUAAUUGUGCUGAGAACGAGGUUUGUUAUAGUGUACUCAUUCAUGGGCUAUGCAAGGAUGGGAAAGUGAUGGAGGCUAUGAUGGUGUGGGCGAAAAUGUUGGCGACAGGAUGUAGGCCCGAUGUUGUGGCUUAUAGUUCAAUGAUUCAGGGCCUUUGCGAUGCUGGCUCAGUAGAAGAGGCAUUGAAACUUUACAAUGAGAUGCUUUGUUUGGAACCUGAUUCUCAACCAGAUGUGAUAACAUAUAACAUACUUUUCAAUGCUUUAUGCAAGCAGAGUAGCAUCUCUCGUGCUGUUGAUCUUUUAAAUAGUAUGCUAGAUCGGGGAUGUGAUCCUGACUUGGUAACAUGCAACAUAUUUCUGAGAAUGUUAAGAGAAAAGCUAGACCCACCUCAAGAUGGGGCGAAGUUUCUUGAUGAGCUUGUAGUUCGCCUAUUAAAGAGGCAAAGAAAUUUAGGUGCUUCCAAGAUUGUAGAAGUGAUGUUACAAAAGUUUUUGUCACCAAAAGCCUCUACUUGGGCAAGAGUUGUUCAUGAGCUAUGUCAACCUAAGAAGAUUCAAGCAGUCAUUGACAAGUGUUGGAGCAAACUAUAUUGCUGAUUUUUUAGAUUUUUAAUUUCAGAAACUAUCUUAAUACAAGGAUUGAGGAUUGUAGGGUGAAGGAUAACAACAAUUAUUUAAUGUCCUUUUUCUGCCAUGUCAUCAUCUGUGACUUCACCUGGUUCUGGCUUCUGUUGCUGAUGGGCCAUAUCGUAAGUCGCAUGAAGACCAAAAAACACAUAGUAAAGUAGCAUUAUAGCUGUGCAUAUCCCAAAUCUUAUAAAAGCCUGCUUACUCAGAGAUCCCAUGAGAAAGAUGUUUGUUGCAAUUGACCAGGAUGGAAGCAAUGGAACAAGUGGAAACCCCCAAACUUUUGGCGUUCUUUGCUGAGGAGAAUCAUGUGUAUCCCUAUAGUCCGCAGGAACCAACAAGGAACAGAUAUGACAUAUCCAAACCACCCAUUUGGUUUCAGUCCCCAGUAUGCUGAAGUCCCCAUGGAUGAUGCAACAAUGAUCAGCAGGAAGGAAACUAACUUCAAGAGGUUUAUUUGUGGCGUUGUCUCUCUUACAUAGUAUCUCCUCACCAGAAGUGCAACAGCCAUCAUCAUGAAGAUAAAUAGGGUGCUCAGCAAUAACAAGCUAGCCAAGAUAUCCAAGCUAGAGAAUAGAGCAAUGAGAGCACUUGAAAUGGUUAUUAGAAAUGUAGCAUAUAUUGGUGUUCUGGUUUUUGGAUGGAUAAGAGCAAACCAAGGAGGAAUCAUGUGGGCACGUGCAUAUGAGUUGUAUACUGAGCUUGUCCAAGUGCCCCUACUAGAAGAACAGUGAUCAUCCCCUUAAGAGCACCAAGCGAUACCAGGUACUUUGCCCAAUUCAUGCCUACACUCUGAAAGGCAACAGAGUAGGGUGCAUUUCUGUCUAUAUCUGUGUAUUUCUGCAUCACACUCAGUGAAAGUGCCAUCAAGCAGUAUAUCACAGUAAUGAUUGACAUUGAGCCAACCAGUCCUAAAGGUAUGUCUCUUGAUGGGUUUUUGGUUUCUUCUGCCAUGGUCGCUAUAUUGUCAAAUCCUCCAUAUGCAAAGUAAACAAUUGCAGCUGCUCGGAAGAUCCCUUCAGCUCCAUAAGGAAAAAACGGAGUCAGAUUGGAAGUGUUGGCAUGCACAAACCCUGCAAUUAUCACAAAUAUAAUUACUAAAGUAUUGAGUGCAGUUGCUAUCCAGUUGAAGUAUGAAGUUUUCCUUGUGCUGAUCAUUGCUAUUGUUGCAGCAAUCACUAAAACCCCAACAGCAGUCGGGUCCAAGAGACUGAAGCCUUCUUUUAGAUGUGUUUGGAUGCGUAGAGAGUUGGAAGGACGAUUUAGAAGAGUUGUGAAAUAGGAAGUCCAGGCUCUGGCUACUGCUGCACUCCCCACAAUACUUUCAAGCAGUAUGUUUCCUGCAGUUAUGAAAGCCAUACAAUCUCCUAACUCAAUUCUUAAGUAAGCAAAUGAACCACCUACCACAGAGAUUUCAACUGCAAAUUCUGUGUAGCAGAAAACAGACUAGUAUUGCUGAAGCUCCAGAAGCAACAUAGGACAACACAAUUGCUGGUCCUGCAUGAUCACGGGUUUCUUGGCCUGUGAGCACAAAGAUGCCAGCUCCAAUAACUGAACCGAAUACAAAUCAGGUUAGAUCCCACCAGGUGAGGCAUUGCUUCAAUUCAUUCUCACUUUGUUUCCGAAGCUCUCCAAUCUCAUUGGCAUCAUCUGAUCUGCUCAUAAGACGGUCCUUGAAACGAAAAAAUGUCUGUGCUAAUGCAGAGAAGUAGCUAUUCCAGCUUUGGAAUGAUUCUUCUGGUAAGAAAUCUUGUUUUCUAAUUCUCCAAUAACUUGUAGGUUGAACUUCAACACCCUGUUCUCCCAUGGAAUCCUUUACUUGUGUGUAUUGUAUUUUCACAGCACUUUGUGGUCUGAAGUACUCAUAUGAGCUUCAGCGUGUCCGUUUGGGAAUUUCUGUGGAAUGUGAGAUUACAUAUAAAAACUCUCAUUGGUAGUUGAA